AGCGGGGAAAACAGCCCUCCUUUCCGGUGUAGGGGCACAGUUGAAGAAGCAACGAAGGAACGAGGAGUCGUUUGUAAGCCUCGCAACUGUCCCCUCCGUCCCUCAGGAUGACACGGCAUGGCAAGAACUGCACAGCAGGAGCCGUCUACACCUACCACGAGAAGAAGAAGGACACAGCGGCCUCAGGCUACGGGACCCAGAACAUUCGACUGAGCCGGGAUGCUGUCAAGGACUUUGACUGCUGCUGCCUCUCUCUGCAGCCCUGUCAUGACCCUGUUGUCACCCCGGAUGGCUACCUAUAUGAGCGGGAGGCCAUCCUGGAGUACAUUUUGCACCAGAAGAAAGAGAUCGCCAGGCAGAUGAAGGCCUACGAGAAGCAGCGGGGGGCCCGGCGGGAGGAGCAGAAAGAGCUGCAGAGGGCUGCGGCCCAGGACCAGGUACGGGGCUUCCUGGAGAAGGAGGCAGCCAUCGUGAGCCGGCCCCUCAACCCCUUCACGCCCAAGGCAGCCUCUGGGAACAGCCCAGAUGAUGCCCGACCUGGGUCCAGUGCAGGCUCCACAAGCAAGGACAAGGACAAAGCGCUGCCCAGCUUCUGGAUCCCGUCGCUGACCCCUGAGGCCAAGGCCACCAAGCUGGAGAAGCCUUCGCGCAUCGUGACCUGCCCUAUGUCCGGGAAGCCACUGCGCAUGUCGGACCUGACCCCCGUGCGCUUCACGCCGCUCGACAGCUCCGUGGACCGCGUGGGGCUCAUCACACGCAGUGAGCGCUACGUGUGCGCUGUGACCCGCGACAGCCUGAGCAACGCCACGCCUUGCGCUGUGCUGCGGCCCUCUGGGGCUGUGGUCACCCUGGAGUGUGUGGAGAAGCUGAUUCGGAAAGACAUGGUAGACCCCGUGAAUGGGGAGAAGCUGACAGACCGCGACAUCAUCGUGCUGCAACGGGGCGGUACAGGCUUCGCGGGCUCUGGAGUGAAGCUGCAGGCUGAGAAGUCGAGGCCGGUGAUGCAGGCCUGAGUGCACGGGAGAUAAAAUAAACGGGCUGGGACUCAUUGGC